AUGGAAGGUACAAACAAAAACUUAAAUGCUUAUCAAAAAGCAGAUAACAUAGAGCCAAAAGAGACAUCAACUGUAGAUCGUAAAUGGGUUGCUCUUACAGCUUAUCAACCUGUUGAUGUUGUUACAAAAACUGUAGAAGUUCCAGUUAUUAAAACUGUAGAAAAAAUUGUUCCAAGAACAAUUCUUCAAGAGAAAAUUGUUCAUGUUCCUAAAAGUGUCACACAUGUUGUUGAGAAAAUAGUGGAAGUUCCUGAAGUUAAAUAUAUUGAAAAAAUAGUUGAAGUACCUCAUAUUCAUUAUAAAAAUAAAUAUGUUCCAAAAAUUGAAGUAGUUGAAAAAAUAAUUGAGCGUCAAAAAAUAAUUGAAAAAUGGCAUGACAAAAUUGUUGAAGUACCACAAAUCAAGGAAGUUGUCAGAUUCAAACAGAUUGAAGAUGCAGAAGAAAUAAUAAAAUAUAUCCCUAAAAAUUCUGGAAACAUUGACUGGGAAGCUGAAUAUAGGAAAUAUAUGCAGAGAAAAGAACUAGCAGGUUAUAAUGUAAAUAACACAGCUACAUAUCAACAAAAAAUUAACUCGUAUAAUGAUUAUAAUGAAAACGCUUACACUCAAAAUGCAUAUGAUAGAACCUAUGAAUAUAUGAACAAUCAAACAAGCUUAAAUGAACCAACAGAUUAUAGUCGUGAGGCAUAUUCACAAGGUAAUCUCUAUAAUCAAUACAGUCGAGUAAAUUAUGAGCAAGAAAAAAGUAUUCCUAGAUCAAAUUUUGACUUAAGUGGAAGCAUGCAAAUAAAAAGAAUGCCAUCUGAAGAUACCAAACCCGUUGGAUGUUGUGCUGGUGCAUGCUCAUAA